UUCACGUACGCCCAUACUUUUUUUACUUUUUCUCUUUACAAAAGCAAUGUUUUCUUCUUUAGAUCUAAAACUCGAACGAUUUCGAUUCCAAUUUUGAUUCAGUUUAGUUUUUGCGGGUAUGGGAAAUCUCGUUCCGUGCUGUAGUUUAACUCCAAGAAUGUGCGCCGCCACCGCUAAGGCGGUGAGGGUGAUCGUACCGGGCGGCGGAAUCCGGCAGUUCUGUGAGCCGGUGAAGGCGGCGGAGCUCAUGCUCGAACACCCCGGCUACUUCUUGAUAAAUUCCACGUCCAUGAAUGUGGGGCGGCGGUUCUCGGCGUUGUCGGCGGAUGAGGAUUUGGAAAUGGGGAAUGCGUAUGGCAUGUUCCCGUUGAGGCGCGUGAACUCGGUGGUCACGGCGGCGGACAUGGCCGUGCUCUUGGAGAUGGCGGCGCCUGACUCCACCGCCAAACGGAUCGUUGUGAGAGUGUCGCCGGAAAAUGGGUCGUCGGAGGUGGAGGCGGCGCCGUCGUUGGAUUUGGUGUUUGAAGGGUUUGCGGAGCAGGAGAUGAAGUAUAGAUUAUCGUCGUCUCGGUCAAAGCGGCCAUUGUUGGAAACAAUCGUGGAAGAAUCGGUUCCCGCUUGUUAGUAUAAAAAAUGCGCAAUUGUCGGCACAUACUACUCUAUGCAAACUUAUCUUAUCUAUGAAUAUCGCUCGUAAAUGGUUAGUCCUGAUGUGAUAAUUGUAUGUUUAGAUAGUUAUUUAAUGUUUGUGAUGACAUUUUAUUUUAUAUACUAUGUAAUUCCAUUAUUGGAUGAGGUACAAAUAUAAAUAUAUUUUUGAGUU